CGGUGCCACCACGAACCCAUGCUAGCUGCAGCAUAUAUCCUCGCCCGCACGCCACUGUCGACACGACGGCUGGUAAGCUAAGCCAAGCUAGCUAGGACUAGGAGGAGUACAGAAAAUAAAAAAAUCCAUGGAUGGCAUGAGGUCCUUCUUCUUCUUCUUGGCGGCGCCGCUCCUUCUUCUUCUCCUGGCCGCCACCACCCUGUGCGUGGACGCGCAGCUCCGGCGAGACUACUACGCCGGCACAUGCCCAGACGUGGAGUCCAUCGUCCGCACCGCCGUCACGCAGAAGUACCGCCAGACCUCCAUCACCGUCGGCGCCACCGUGCACCUCUUCUUCCAUGACUGCUUCGUCCAGGGCUGUGACGCGUCGGUGCUGGUGGCGUCCACGGCCAACAACACGGCGGAGAAGGACGCCGCCGCCAACCUCUCGUUGGCAGGGGACGGCUUCGACGCCGUGAUCAAGGCCAAGGCCGCCGUGGACGCCGUGCCGAGGUGUCGCAACAAGGUGUCGUGUGCCGACGUGCUCGCCUUGGUCACCCGCGACGCCAUCGCGCUAGCGGGUGGCCCGGCUUACGCCGUGGAGCUCGGACGGCUGGACGGUCUGAGCUCCACGGCGGCUAGCGUGCCGGGGAAGCUGGCGCCGCCGUCGUCGACCCUUGACCAGCUUACGGCGCUUUUCGGGUCCAACGGGCUCGACCAGACCGACAUGGUCGCCCUCUCAGGAGGGCACACGGUGGGGCUGGCCCAUUGCAGCACGUUCGCCAGCCGGCUGCGGCCCACGCCUGACCCGACACUGAGCCCGAAGUUUGCGGCCCAGCUGCAGACGUGGUGCCCGGCAAACGUGGACCCACGGACCGCGGUGCCCAUGGACACUGUGACGCCGCGGUCCUUCGACAACCAGUACUACAAAAACCUGCAGGUCGGGAUGGGCCUUUUGAGCUCGGAUCAGCUACUGUACACCGACUCGAGGACUAGGCCCACCGUCGACGCAUGGGCCAGCAGUAGCGCAGCGUUCGACCGGGCCUUCGUCACCGCCAUCACCAAGCUGGGCCGCAUCGGGGUCAAGACCGACCCGUCCCAAGGGAACAUACGCCGCAACUGCGCGGUCUUCAACUGAAAAUAAAGCUCCUGUUUUCUUCCAUGUCCGUGAAGUGAAAAAAGAAGAUCGAAAUGCUUAUGGUUGUCAUUAGGAGAGCACCAAGAUGGCACAAAACAGAACAAACUUCAUGGAAGGUGGUAUUGUUAGAUUCUAGAUAGUUUACGGUAAACAGAACAAAGGAAUAUUUAUUGCAGGGUCAUUUUCAUGCCUCAAUGAUUUUCCAAGCAGGAAAGGGAAACCAUUGUCAAGUGGCAGGUUCAAUUUUUUUGCCGGAUGGCAGAUGCAAUAGCAACUGCAGAGAAAGAAGGUCUUCAUGGGAUUCAAAGUUCAAAAGGUCAAGCUUGGUGUCACAUCAGAUCUUUGUUUUCAUAUGCUCUCUGUAGACAGACCAUUUCCAAAUUCUUCCCAGCCAGGCAAUAAAAGAUAAAAACUUGGGCACCAA